AUGUCUCCGCAAGACCCCGGUCGCCCCGAGGACAAGCCCGAGGGGUUGUCCAAGUAUAUCAAGCGCAUGAAAACCGUCUUGCGCCCUCGCUCUGGCUCCAAGCGACAGUCGCUCGCUACCCUUCCCGAUGUCGCCGGUCCAUCCACCCAGUCUGCUGCUCCAGCAUCUGCGCCCGCCCGCAAGUCUACGGGCGCCCCCGAGCAACCCUCCAUGCUCACCGACUACAGCGUCAUGCAGCAGGAAAAGGCGCGCGCCCUGUUCGCCAAAUACGGCCUGACCCUCGACCCCGGCGAGUGGAAGGCCCCCGCCGGCGACGUCCAGUUGACCCGCGUCACCAAGCCGAUUCGCAUGCGCGUGCGCCGCACCUGUCACCGCUGCGACACGACUUUCGGUCCUGAGAAGAUCUGCGUUAACUGCCAGCACCCGCGCUGCAAGAAGUGUCCUCGAUUCCCGGAGGCCAAGGAGAAGGAAGACAAGGGCUACCAGGAACUGUCCAAGACCAAGAUUGGCGAGAUUCGCUCCCGUCAGCGCGGCGCCUUGCCUCUUCAGCCGCACUUCAAGUACACCGGCAAUCCCGCGGCCCCCAUCAUCAUUCCUUCGCGCUCGGGCGGACAGGAUCUGGUUCGCAAGGAGGCGAAGCAGCGCGUGCGCCGUAUCUGCCAUGUUUGCGAUACUACCUUUGUCAAGGGUAGUAAGGAAUGUGCCGAGUGCAAGCACACCCGGUGCAAGAAAUGUCCGCGCGAACCACCUAAACUCGACAAGUAUCCGGACGGCUAUCCUGGUGAUGCCGAGCCGCCGAAACUCAAGCCGGAGCGGGCGUUCAAGAAACCACAACGUCGAGUGCAUUACAUAUGCCAUGUCUGUGAGACCCAGUAUAAUGUCGGGGCCAAUGUGUGUUCGAAAUGCGGACAGGCGAAAUGUGCCGCCACCAUACGAAUCCCGCCCAAGAAAAUCAAACGGGAGCCCGAUCCCGAAGUCGUUCGCAACGUCGAGGCAAAAAUACAGGCUCUGGCUUUGCGAGAUACCAAUGACUGA